CCCAUCCUGACUGACAACGUUAAAUUCAAGGAGUUACUCCUUUGCCAGACAGAACUUUUUCUUGUUGUUAUACUCUCAUAUUACUUAACUGCUAAGGCAGAUAAUCUAUCGCAUGAGCCAUGGACCUUAGAAUUGUUUUACUGGUAUUUUUGUUCUUAACCGCGCAAUCGAACUGUCAGGCGACUAGGAAAUGCUCUGAGAUGCUUGGGGCGUGCUUCCCGAAGUGUGACAUCAAGCCCGGUCUUAUUGGUUUGACUUGUCUCCUGCAUUGUUAUGAAAAUCAAAGAGAACUCCGGGAGUGUCGAUUGGGCCUGGAAAGACAGGGACAAGGCUGUAUAAUUGGACUGCGCGCAUGUGCAGCUCGCUGCCUGAAGGAAGAAACAAGAUGCCAGAAUUGUUGCAGACAAUUUUCCGACAGGAGUUAUCCAAUCAGAUUAUGGUCUGCUGCUUGUCAGCGACAUUUUCAACAAUGCAACCUACGACAUGAAAACAUUAUCCCUCCAUUCCCUGAAGAACUUACAGCAAUACCACCAACGUGAAAAUAAUCGAACUCCUACCAAAAGGCCUUGUGAAAUGUGCUGAUGAGAGUCCCCAAGAUUCAAUGUCUUUUAGUCUUUCUGAUUGCUUGAAAAUUUGUCAUUCAUACAAAAGUUAUUGUCUCUUCUUAAAGCCGGCCGUCUCAUCAAAAUACAGAAUGCCUGAAUGCAAGCU